AUGGCGCAAGGACUCCCCGAGAGCUGGCUGCAAUCGUGCGCGCGGGCCGCCGUGCUCAGGGCGCUCCGGCGCAUCAAGCACGGCCGGCUGGCGCUCAAGCUCGCGUACCGAGACGGCGGCGACGUCGUCGUCAUCCCCCAAGCCGGGGCCGGGGCCGGAGCCGGAGCCGGUUCCACCCCCGGCGCCACCGUCACCGUCACCGUCCACCACCCCAACGCCUGGGUCCGGAUAUGCCAGGCCCUCAACCUGCUGUGGAUCGCGAACCGCGAGACGCUGCAGCCGCCGACGGGCCUCGCCAUGCAACGGCUCACGACGGCCCUGCAGCUCGUCUUCCGCCCGGCCAACGACGCCGGCCGCGCAAGGCUCAACGCCGCCUUCCACUACGACGCGUCCAACACGCUCUUCUCGUCGUUCCUGUCCGCGGACAUGAACUACUCGUGCGGGCUGUGGUCGGGCCACGCCCACGAGACCCUCGAGAGCGCGCAGCUCAGCAAGGUGGCCGCCGUGCUGCACAAGGCCCGCGUCGCGCCGGACCACCACGUCCUCGACAUCGGCUGCGGAUGGGGCCACCUCGCCAUCGAGGCCGCCCAGCGCACCGGCUGCCGCGUCACCGGCGUCACGCUGUCCCGCCAGCAGAAGCAGCUUGCCGAGAAGCGCGUCCGCCAGGCCGGUCUGGAGGACCGCGUCCAGAUCCUGCUGUGCGACUACCGCGAGAUCCCGCGGCCCGAAGGCGGCUACGACAGCGUCGUGUCCGUCGAGAUGCUGGAGCACGUGGGCGAGGCCUUCCUGCCCCGGUUCUUCGCCUCGAUCCGCGACCUGCUCAAGGCGGACGGCGUCAUGGUCAUACAGGGCACAACCGUCCUAGAUCCGAUACUUCACGGCAGACGCGCCGAAGAAACCUUUAUAACGCGCUACGUGUUUCCGGGCGGCCACCUCCCGUCGCUCGGCGAGCUCGUCACCGCCAUUUCCGAGGGCUCGCAGGGCGCGCUGGAGAUGCUGGAUGCGCAGGGCGUAGGGGGCCACUACGUCAAGACCCUGCAGUGCUGGCGGCAAAACUUCCUGCGAAAUUGGGACGCGAUCCGCGAGGAUUACCUCUCCAGCCACGAGGGAGCUACCGAGGCCAGCGUCGAGGCGUUUCGGCGGAAAUGGGUGUACUAUUUUGCGUACUGUGAGCAAGGUUUCCGCUCGAGAAUCAUAGGCGACUACGUCAUUUCCGCGGCCAAAAUCGCCCAGGAGCCAAGCUUAGGGGGGUGA